AUGAGUUUAACUACUCUUAACAUCCCUAUCGGCCCUUAUAUGGCUCUCGCUGCCGAAGAAGAACUUUUGCGAAAGGCAGAGAAGGUCGGCAAGCGCCAAAGGGGAAAAAAAAUUACAGCAAUAUUUAGCGAUGAAUUGUAUGCCUAUGAUUGGAUCCCCAACCUCCACGAUGCCGUUGCUGAUCAGGCGAUUAAAGAUUUAGUCGAUUCGAACAUAAUGAAGAAAAGAAAAGAUAUUUUCAGAUAUAAGCUUUCCAUAUAUCACAUUUCUGGUGGGAUUAAAACCCCAUCGGGUGUGUUUCAAGUCGUUAUACCUACUGUUAAGCCGGAUCAGCCAUCUCGCAUACGCAUAACUCCCCAGGACACACGCGUUCAAGUGCCAGUUGAGUGGAGCUUUGGGUCAUAUUUCUUGCUUUCGGAGGGUACAAUGCUAUCCCCGACUACUCCUAUCUCCUAUAUCUCAAUAUCUAUUCCAUUGGUGUCUAGGAUUAGUGAUUCGUGA